AUGAAGAAGCACGGCAGAAAUAGUCUGACUGCCGUGGGCAUGGCUAUCUUGGCCAAACUUCCAGAUACUCUUGCGUCGCUCAAUCUACCCAUCACGGACAUGUUUACACAUGGCGCAGUGAACAUUGACAUUGGAUUGCCUGAUACUCAGUACACGCUGCUGUUUGACCCGGGUUCAUCCAAUACAUGGAUUGGUGCUCAGAAGGCAUAUGUCAUCACCUCAUCCAGCCAGGAGACGUCUGAUUCUGUGGCCGUAACCUAUGGUUCCGGCAGCUUUUCCGGGCUCGAGUACAACGACAUCUUGACUAUAAGCGGAGCCGACUUUAAUCAGAGUAUCGGAGUGGCAAAUACAACUACUGGAGUCACUGAAGUUGACGGGCUUCUUGGUUUAGGUCCCACCGACCUCACCCUGGGGACUCUGACUCCGGAUAAGAGCCAGACGAUUCCCACCGUUCCAGAUAAUUUAUUCUCACAGGGACAUGUUGAAAGCGCAACUGUCACCAUUGUCAAGCAAGCCAUCACCUUUGGCUCAACGUCUCUGACAAACGUCACGUACGCCCCUAUUACAGAAGUCGCAGUGGCCAAGACAUUUUGGGGAUUUGAUGCCAGCGUUGCCUACGGCGACAGCAGCUUGUUGUCAGCUAAAGCCGGCAUCAUUGACCAUGGCUCUACGGCAACGUUGCUGUCUACCAGCAGCUUCAACCACCUGCUGAAUCUAACAGGAGCAACUGUAGACGAUAAUACAGGCCUCCCGGUUCUUUCGUCGUGCUCUGCAUUGGAUCCUAUGAUUUUGACACUGGCAGGCGUCAACAUCACCAUCCCCGUCGACAUAUACAGGUGGCCCGCCGACAACAACACUGCUAUUGGGGGCGACAAGAAUAAAUGCUACCUUGCCAUUAGCAACAUUGGCACUUCCUUUGAAAACCUCUCGCAAAGACCAAACCUUCAGUUUCGGAAGUCUUCGUUUUCGGGAAACCAAGCUGAUGAGGACAAUGUCAGUUUUAUCCUCGGGUACACCACCUUGAAACACUUUGGUGUUGUUCUCGACAAAGAAAAUUCGCUCAUCGGCAUGACGAGCCAGGUCAUGGAGGCUCGAUAG